AUGGGACAACCUCAACAACAGACUGCUCCAUCGGGUGGCUCGAGAAAGAUCUCAUUCAACGUCUCUGAUCAAUACGAUAUUCAAGAUGUGAUUGGCGAGGGUGCUUAUGGUGUGGUCUGCUCUGCUCUGCACAAGCCAUCCAGCCAGAAAGUCGCAAUCAAGAAGAUCACUCCUUUCGAUCAUUCCAUGUUCUGCCUCCGAACAUUACGGGAAAUGAAGUUGCUAAGAUAUUUCAAUCACGAAAACAUCAUCUCCAUCCUAGACAUUCAGAAGCCACGAAAUUACGAGACUUUCUCCGAGGUCUAUCUUAUUCAGGAGCUUAUGGAGACAGACAUGCACCGCGUGAUCAGAACUCAAGACCUCUCCGAUGAUCAUUGCCAGUACUUCAUCUACCAAACUCUCCGGGCCCUCAAAGCUAUGCAUUCUGCGAACGUCCUCCACCGAGAUCUAAAACCCUCGAACCUGUUGCUCAACGCGAAUUGUGACCUCAAGGUCUGCGACUUUGGUCUCGCCAGAUCCGCUGCCUCGACAGAUGACAACUCCGGUUUCAUGACUGAAUACGUGGCAACAAGAUGGUAUCGCGCUCCGGAGAUCAUGCUGACGUUCAAGGAGUACACAAAAGCCAUUGACGUGUGGAGUGUCGGGUGUAUUCUUGCGGAGAUGUUGAGUGGCAAGCCCUUGUUCCCUGGCAAAGACUAUCACCAUCAGCUCACUCUCAUUCUGGACGUGCUCGGCACACCGACCAUGGAGGACUACUACGGCAUCAAAUCUCGACGCGCGCGAGAAUACAUCCGUUCUCUUCCAUUCAAGAAGAAGAUCCCCUUGAAGCACUUGUUCCCCAAGACUUCGGAUUUGGCCUUGGAUUUGCUAGAAAGGUUGCUCGCGUUCAAUCCUGUAAAGCGUAUCACUGUUGAAGAGGCAUUGAAGCACCCAUAUCUCGAACCGUACCAUGACCCUGAUGACGAGCCGACAGCUGAGCCCAUUCCCGAGGAGUUUUUCGACUUUGACCGCAACAAGGAUCAAUUGAGCAAGGAGGAAUUGAAGGCCUUGAUCUGGAACGAAAUUAUGCGGUGA